CAUGAAUCACGAUGAUGGCAACACUACAGAUAUAAAUAUUUUGUUUUAUUUACAUUUUGAUUAUCAACAAAUACGAGUUGUAUAUUAUUUUGAUUAUUAGUAGAUAUAAAACUGAAAAAUAAAAUAAUAAGUGCUUAAGAUGCGACAAGAUUUGAAACUAUGCAGGCUUUGCGCGGGAUGCUGCGAAAACAAAACCACGACUUCGCUCUUUGACAGAAGUAGAAAAUCAGAACUUCGAAGGAUAUUCCAACUUACUAACAUCCAGUUAAAAAAUCUCAGCAAUUUACCGUCCGCAAUGUGCUCAGAUUGCGAAAAAGAAUUGGAACGGGCUUACGAAUUUCGUAAUCGUUGCAUUUCAGCGCAAACAUAUUUUUCCAGUUCAGAAUACAUGUGUCAUUUCGAUCGGAGGCAUAGGCAGAAGCAAAUUUCCGGUGAUAACUCUAUCAAAGAAUCUACUUCACUAAAGGUUGAAUUUUUGUCAUAUACUAAGCAAAAUGAAAGCAGACAGAGGCAAAUUGCUAACUCCAUGGAAAAGGAAUCUACUUCAGUCAAGGAUGAAUUUUUAUCAUAUAGUGAGGAAAUUGAAACAGCAGAUUUGGACUUCAAUACACAUUCGGGUUAUAUUUUACAAGCUGCAGUAGAGAGCGAAUGUGAUUUCGAUGCACUUAAUGAAGGUGAAGUGGAGCACGAUGACGCCCAGGUAGAGUUGGAAAAUCAGUCCAUGAAAAAUUCCGACCACGAACUCUUGCUAUCGAAUAAAACAAGAGCAGUAUUCGAAGAAAAUGAGGAAAAAGAUAGAGGUCAUGAAGAAAUAAUCUCUCAGCCAGAUAAGUCAGACAACAAUGGGGAAGAUCCACAGAGCGAUGAUAAUCAGAAGACGGAAGCUAAAGAAGAAAAGCCGAAUAAACCACGAACAUAUAUAUGUGAUCAAUGUGGUAAUAAUUUCAAGUAUCGUAGCCAUUUUUAUUCACAUAUCAAACGACAUGCUGGAGUAAAGCCUCUACAAUGCGAAGUUUGUCCGAAUAAAUUUUUUACCGAGGGUGAACUUAAACGACAUAUGCGCCGACAUACCGGUGAACGUCCAUUUCCUUGUCAGUAUUGCGAGCGUCGUUUCACGGACUACAGUACAAGAAUUAAGCAUGAGCGUACACAUACAAACGAACGUCCAUUUGGGUGCCCACAAUGUGGUAAAGCGUUCACAACAUCAUAUGUUUUAAAGAAUCACAUGCUUGUGCAUACUGGAGAACGCUCCUUCAAAUGUACGCUUUGCAAUAAAUCUUUCCAACGGCAAACGCACCUUAUCGUGCACACACGUUCUCUGAUCCACAAACAAAACGUUGAACGGCAACAACAAACAAAUCUAAAAGUGAAAUGUUUUUCACUAACAAAACCAUCUUUGAACUUGAUCAGUGCGAAUCUACUUGAAUAUAAACAAACUUUAAGCAGGAAAAGAGGAAGAUACAUCUGGAUGCCAGUCAUGGAGAUCAGCAUAAAAUGGAAUAUUUGUCGCGUUUGUUUGGCAGAGGAAGGGCAAAAUCAUAAUGCAAAAUAUAUUUUGAUUGAUUCUAAAAUCGUUAAACAAGUUUAUGACAUUACUGGUGUGCAGAUGGAAACCAGUGACAACCAGCCAGACAAGAUUUGUCGUAAAUGCUUGCUUCUGCUGAAAUAUGCAUACCACUUUAGAACCACCUGUCGAAAUUCGGAGGAAUAUUUGCAGUCAGUUAUUCAAAAGACUAAAUCAGCAACGUCCAUGUUAAAAAUGGAUAAACAAAGAGAACGUUCAGUGGAAUUACUAGAAGAAAUAUUUCACGAGGAUGUUGAAUUCAUUUCAUUAAAUGAGCAACGGGAUCCAGAAACGGAGGAAUAUUUUGAUACCAAGGAAGACAGUCUACCGAGCCCAUUGGCAGUAUCAGAAAAGAUUGGUGAUAGUAGAGAUAAUUCUAAACCCCAUUUAACAAGUACAACUCCCAGUACGUCGUUAGUCUCAAAAAAACAGGAAUAUCACAGAAAGGAUAGUGCUACGCAUACUGCGAGUUAUGAGGAAAGUAAUGAUGAUAAAAAAAAUCAUGACAACAAUGUCGAUUUGAACUCGGCUGACAGAAAUAUUAAUAAGAAACAUAACGAAACAACUGCAAACCAAAAGUUUAUAGGUCAAGACGAUGAAGAAUCGGAAGUGGAUGGUGUCUAUAGAAAUAGGAAAACAAAUUAUAAACAAAGACAUUUACAACUACCAAAUAGAAAACUGAGUAAGGCACAAAAAGGAUCAAAUUGUUCAGAUCAGAUUCUCGCAGCUCAAGAUUCUGAGGAAGAUGAACUAGCGGACUUUGAAGACAGUAAAACAAAUUCAAAACAAACCCCUUUACGAUUUCAAAAAACUAAAUACAAUACCGAAAGUAGCGUGGAUACUUUGGAUUAUGCAGAUGACAAUAAAAUCGGUGAUGAGGAUAUAGUCGAUGAGAAUAAUGAUUACAAUUCAAAUAACUGUAACAAGGAAGAUGACAUAGAUAACUCAGUAAACACUGAAAUCAGAAUAGACAAAUUAAGGACUUCCACCAAUUCACCAACACACGAAGCAGAAACAAAGCACCAAACAGAAGAGGAGUUGUACUACGUAAUCGAAGAACCCGUUAAAGCCGAGGAGUCGUCGAAUUCCCAAAUUGAAGAUGUAGAACUAGAUGUUAAUGCAGAUGCCGGCAUUCAACUAAUAGAUAAUUACGAAGAAAUAGAUGGUUGUGAAGAAGGCGAAGAACCUGAGUAUGUUGACGCGGAAACACCGAGAUCUGUGGUUCAGAUAGAAGAGUAUCUAAUCGAUGAAAUCGAAACCGAAUCGGUGCUACCACAUGAGUUGGAAUUAAAUGAGGAUCAAUUAACAAAACGACCCAGCUCAACGACCAUUAAAAUCAGGGAUCGAGCUUCACCACAUAUACGCAGAAAAGGUAAUGAUUCGUAUUUAUUUUCCUGUGACGUUUGUGGAAAUCAUUUCACCAGUCGAAGCCUUAGAAAUUAUCACAUGAGAAUACACCGCAAGGAAAAAAAUUUUGAGUGCGAGCUAUGCUUUAAACGCUUUACAGCGGCGUGUAAUCUAACGGCGCAUAUGCGCAUACACACAGGAGAAAAACCAUACGAAUGUAAAUAUUGCUUACGAAGGUUUACGGAUCGAAGUACGCAUGUAAAACACGAACGGAUACACACGAAUGAGAAACCUUUCCAGUGCAACAUUUGUGGCAAAUCAUUUGCCUUAUCCACUACGCUUCGGACGCACGAAAAAGUGCACACAAACGAAAAGCCUUUCAAAUGCGAGCCCUGCGAGAAAUCAUUUAAACUGCCGCAUCAGUUAAAAUCUCACCUGCUCACAAAUCAACAUAAAAACAUUGUAACAGCGAAUGAGCUGGGGAAUUAUAACUAAAUAAAGUUAUUACAUAUACAUAGCUUAUUUCAGCCUGUUUUAUUAAUGCUAUGGUUUUAGUAUUACUAACAACCAAUUUAUUGAUUAAGUAUUAUCUUUAAUCAGAUGUGCAUACCUGUGUGUAAGUA